GCAAGCAGCGAACGGAAACGCAAACGAACCGACUUCACAAGCUCCGACUUAAAAUCCAAAGAAUAAAGUUUUAAAUAUUAAUUAAAAACAUAAGAGAGCAACGUCUUGUGACAUAGUAAUAUAUGGUUCUAAUAUGUGUUGUGUCUGUAAUCAUAGAAUUAACUGUAAGUGCCUUAUUGUAUGACAAACAAAGUGUCGAUAAAGGCGACAAGUACCUUGUGAUGAAAGUAAUAAAGAGUCAAUAACAACAUGUAUGCAGCACUGUUAACAUUGUCAUUACUGUGUGCACCGCAUCAACUACACGCGGAAGUCGGGGAUACAGAUCUGAACGAACUCUCGGACAAACAGAAUGGAGUUAAGAUAAAUAAAUGCUGCGAACAUAACGAGAUUGUUGUGGACGGAGUAUGUAGACUAGCCGAGAGAUACAACCAGAGUUUAUGGACACCACAAUUUAAGACUGAAGAUGGCAAUGACGCCAAAGUAAAAUAUUAUAAUUAUGUAUUUGGUGUGCCCGACUGUGCCACCACACAACAGAGAGCUAUAUUUGAUUUUGACAAAUCCGAGGACAAGCUUAAUUUAUUAACUGACGGCCGACUACAACACGUUAUUAACCAUACACCAAGCUCUGAUGUUAAAGAAGACCCAGUGUUAAGCAAUUUCAACUUACAUGACAGUAUAUCAAUACCAGAAGUGAAAGAACCAUCAUCUUAUAUACAUAAUCAAGCCAAAUAUUGUAUGGAUAAGAUAUUACUCACACAAAAAGACACGCAAACAAAGAAAGGAGUUAACAUAACGGGCACUUACGCUUUAGUAUGCGUGCCAGAGGUCAAAAUUAACUGGAGAGACACCAAUUUUUUGAUGAAGAAGAUUAUCAAUCCAAUGUUCCAUGCUAUUGCAAUGAUAUUAUACCUACUGGUAGCAGUAAUAUACUUUGUGUUGCCAACACUAAGAGAUUUGGCUGGUAAUAUAAUCACAACCAUAAACAUGUGUUUGAUAGUCAGUCAAGCAGCAGAUUUAGUAAGAAUAUUCACAGAGUUCAGCAACCAUGUGAGCUUCAUGGUCACCGAUAUCAUCCUGUAUAUCAGUCUACUUGCAGCAUUCUUUUGGCUCAACAGUUUCGGAUUUUAUGUGUGGAAAACUUUUAAGUCUCGCAACGUGUUCCUGCGCGUGACAGAUGUGCGCAAAUACUGUUAUUACUCGAGCGUGGUAUGGUUCAGUGUUUUAGUAAUGGCUGUUAUGGCAAUAUGCGCACAUUUUCUCCUCGACACUGGCACCAAUCCUAACAGAAAGACAAGGAUCCAGUUCUCUUCGUCAAUCAUCAUUGACGAUGUUGAACAGGAAACUAUUGGGUUACUCGGUAUCGCGAUAUUCUUCACGCCAGUUGCGUUUACCAUAAUUUUUAAUGUAUUCUUUUAUGUUACGACUUUGAAGAUUAUAAAGAGAAUUAACAUUUAUGGAAGGAUACAUCAUAAACUCAAAGGAUGCUUUAAUUUAUUCCUUCAACUAUUCCUCAUAAUGACGACCGCGUGGCUAUUCUUAUUGUUAUCCUGGCUGAACAUCGACGAAUUGUUAUACGCACACAUCUUUGUGAAUCUAUUCCAAGCAAUUUUAAUAUUCUAUGUGUGCAUAGUACGACAGUCGCAUGUAACGUUUUUGUUGCGCAAGAGUUGUUGCUAUGCGGAGCCUGUGCCUACGGGGGAGUGGGGAGACGAGAUGACUCACAUGAACGGAGGGAAUUACUGACAUAUCACUGUAUAUCAAUUAGAAUCUCAUGAAUAGAUUUAAAAGCCAACAAACAUUAGCUUCACAGUAGAGGCACGAUCUGUAUGAAUGUGACAUAUUUAAAUGUAAUGAAAACGAGCUAUGUUAGAUGUAUGGAUAAGUUAUACUGUAAAAUAUUAUACUCUCAAGUUUCACAGUUAUACAUAAUCUGUGUACAAAUGCGUGUGCCUUGUAUAUGUGCCUCAUACGAUGUAUUAGAAAAACCAAUUUAGUAUUUAAGAUUGUUUCCCUGUAUUUCAAUGCCUCUCUGUAUUAUUAAUAGUAUUUUAACUAACUGUGAUUUUCAUGUGUAUCGAAACAGAGUGUCUUAGAAACAGUAUACCAGUUAACUUAUAGUUUUGGCAGCAGAAUAUACAAACUUAUUGGAGUUAAGAAUUUAGGAAAAGUUGUUUUAAAAUGUGUAAGUUAUUAACUAAUACUUGGGAUGAUCUCUCGUCAUAAGGAAUUGAUUGCUCACAAAAGAUACUUAAAUUCGUUUAGGAAAUUAACCAAAAUUAAAAUUACUAACACUAACAAAAUGAUAUUAUUGUCAUAUGCGACAAAAGUAACAUAGUAUGUUGAUUAAGAAUCUCAUCGAUGUUGGAACAAACAACUAAAACGUGCCUAUUUUAUUCUAUCUCUAUUUUCAAAAUAUGUCCGUCCUUUUUCUGUAUUAAGCAGCUGUAGUUGGUUAGUGAAUUUAUAUACAUAGAUAUGUAUGUAUCAGUUGCGCUUUUGCACUAAUAAAAAUAAAUAUGUCAUUUUAUAUCUUCUAUAUAUUUACUUUGACUUUAUUUUACUCGAAACUAUACGAUGACAAAACGCAUUUAAAAAUAUUUUGUAAUUCAUUUUUGAUUUACUUUAAUAAAC